AUCUUCCUGUCCGCGGCAGCAAGCACUAGUCGGGAGCCAGCGCUAGUCGCCGCCGCCGCCAUCGCCACCACUGCCGCUGCCAAGUCCUCCGCCCGCUGCCUCCACCAUGUCUGCUACCGCUGCCACCGCCCCCCCUGCCGCCCCGGCUGGGGAGGGAGGCCCCCCUGCGCCCCCUCCAAACCUCACCAGUAACAGGAGACUGCAGCAGACCCAGGCCCAGGUGGACGAGGUGGUGGACAUCAUGAGGGUGAACGUGGACAAAGUCCUGGAGCGAGACCAGAAGCUGUCCGAGCUGGACGAUCGUGCAGAUGCACUCCAGGCGGGGGCCUCCCAGUUUGAAACAAGUGCAGCUAAGCUCAAGCGCAAAUACUGGUGGAAAAACCUCAAGAUGAUGAUCAUCUUGGGAGUGAUUUGCGCCAUCAUCCUCAUCAUCAUCAUCGUUUACUUCAGCUCUUAAACCCCUGAGGAGCCUGCCCUGCCCAGAGAGGGGCCUCUCCCCCUCCCCCCAGCCAUUCCUCCACCUUUCAGCCAUAUCUUCCAGCCCCUCCCCUGAAUCCGUGUGUGUGUCCCUGUGUGUGUCCCCUUGUAAAUAGCCAGCUGUUAUUUAUACAUAUAUAAUAUUAUAUAUAUUUGGUCUGUUUGUAGUUUUAUUACUAGAAGAUUUUUCCGGUUGUCCUUAACACUCCUUCCUGAGGUUCCCAUCACCUCCUCUCUUUCUCUCCUUGCCUUCGCCUCUCUUCCUGACCAGCCCCAAGUCCCUUCAUUUGCAUCUGCUAUGCAAUAGUCCCUCUUCCUUUCCUUGCCUUCCCUUGGAUUUAGCUGAUUCUUCCUCCUACCCUGGCCUUCCACUCACCCCCACCCCACUCAGCCCUCCCCUCAAAACAAAAAGCAACGGUCCAGACCUCCCUAGGUGCAUCUCCUUUGCAUCCAUUUGGGAGGCUCUGAGAAAGGGCCCCACUUGGUCCUAAGAAUCCCAAGGUCUUCUGGGAGCUUCCAGCAUGUUGAUUAGCGUGUCGUUUGCAUACUGACAUCUCUGCUGGUUUCCUUCUUUUUUGUUCCAUCCCUCCACCCGUGUUUCUUUUUCACUGAGGAGUCCCCAUUGGUCCUUAUAUCACAUUUUCAUUUGCACGACAUUACUUGCAGGUGGUGGGAAGCCUGGGCUUUUGGGGAAUCAGGAUGUUCUGGUCCCCAGAAUCGCCCUCUCCUAGCCCCUCUAGUCCAGUUUGCCUCCCUUGUUCCCAUUUUCCAAACCUCUUGCCCCCUCUUCCCCCUCCCCCCAGCUGGUGUGUAAGUGUCUUGGAGUUCAGUGUGUUAUGACGGACCAAUAAUUCUGCCACUCGGGGUCUCUCCCCACAUUCCUGCUCCCCAGUUUUCAUGUGGGGAGCUCAACUGACAUUCCCAUGGGGUCUCCCUCCCUCCCAUCUGCCUGAUUCACCUCCUUCUCCCGCCAGGAGAGUUGGGGGUUGGCCACAUCUGAUCUCUUUUGGGAGGGGUGGCUACCAGUGUUGGGGGGCUAUCACUGCCUUGGGGAGGCAUGGGGCAGGGCAGAGAAUCCCCCCAGUUCCUGCCUGAAAUCUCCUCUGGUCCCACCCCUACUGGGGGGUAGGACUGAAAACCUUUCCUUGUGGGGAGUAUUGCCCCCCAUUACUGCCCAGCUCCUCUGACUGCCCCCCUGAAUUCAGGGUGGGAGUACUAGUCACUGCCAAUGUGUAUUUGGGACUUGCUGGAAGAUGGGGAUCCUCUGCCCUCUCCAAGUGGUAGAGCCCAGGGAGAAAGCUGUCCCUUCCUUUGGUGAAGUGGUAGAUGAAGGGCCAAAUGUCUUUAAAUGGCACAAUUUUAGGGGUCUGAGGGUACAGUCCCUUAACCUGCCACUGGAGGGGACCCCCCCAAACUUUUUGUUCCUCCACACUUGAGGUUUUGUGUGUGGCAGGGGAGCAGGGACAUCUAAGCUGUGGUGUGAAAGGGUAGGGAGAGAUGCUGGGGGUGGGGGCACUGUGUUCUAGACCCCCCAUAUUAUCCCAGUGUCCCCUGCCCCCCCUUCCCCUACCCUGUGCCCCCAAUUCUAUGGCGCAUCCAGAUUGUGAAAAUGUACAAUAAAUGUGUGAUGAGUAACCAGG